GCCGCCCGAGCGCCGCGCUCCUCGCCCAAACCCGCCGCUGCCGGGGCGCGCGGGGCGGCAAGAGCGGCUGGCCGGGCAGGGCAGAGCCGGGGCGGCGAUGCGCUGGGGCCGGCCAAGCCCUCGGGAGCCCCGUCCGCCGCCGCCGCCGCCGCAAGAUGCCCGGGAAGCUCCAGAACCGCUACAACCUGGUGGACGACGCGGGCGACGCGCGGCUGCCGCUGCACAACGACGAAGCCUUCCAGCACGGCAUCCACUUCCAGGCCAAGUACAUUGGAAGCUUGGAUGUGCCAAGACCCAACAGCCGAAUGGAGAUUGUGGCCGCCAUGAGAAGAAUCCGGUACGAGUUUAAGGCGAAGAACGUGAAGAAGAGGAAAGUCAACAUCGUGGUCUCGGUGGACGGGGUGAAGGUGCUGCUGAGGAAGAAGCCGAAGAGGAAGGAAUGGUCGUGGGAUGAAGGCAAAGUCAUGGUGAUGCACGACCCCGUCUAUCAGAUCUUCUACGUCUCCCAUGACUCCCAAGAUCUCAAGAUCUUCAGCUACAUCGCCAGGGACGGCACCAACAACUCCUUCCGCUGCAACGUUUUCAAGUCCAAGAAGAAGACCCAGGCGAUGCGCGUGGUGCGGACGGUGGGCCAAGCUUUUGAGGUGUGCCACAAACUCAGCCUGCAGCACGCCCUCCAGAAUGUGGACGGCCAAGCGGACGGGGCCAGCAACAAUUCUGCCGAUGUCGCUCAGAUAGAAGGUCUCCAAGGGCUGGAACCAGCCUUGGCUGACCGAGACCUCGGCUUGGCCGGGUCAAUAGGUGUGUGCCUGCCCGACUGCGGGGUCUGCGAGCUGCCUUUCUCCGUGCCUGACCUGGGAGAGCUGAAAAAUGGGCUCAGCCCCAAGGCGAGGGACGGCCAGGAAAAGGAGAACGGUGGUCUCCGGCCCUCCUCUGCCCAGCCUCUGGGCAGCACGGGGAGCCCCUCUUCCUCUGCCUCGACCACCCCACUCGCUUCCCAGCACUGCCUGCAGCUGCUCCAACACCAGCUCCUCCAGCAGCAACAGCAGACGCAGGUGGCCGUCGCACAGGUGCAGCUUCUGGAGGACCAGCUGUCUGCCGAGACCACGGCCCGCGUGGAGGCCCAGGCUCGUGUCCGCCAGCUGCUCCUGACCAACCGCGAUCUCCUGCAACACGUCUCCUUGCUGGUGAGGCAACUGAAGGAGCUGGAGAUCAAGGUGCAGCUGCGGCGUCCAGUUGAGCGUUCCCUGCAGAACCUGAGCUCGGAGCACCCUCUGUCCCUCAACCUGAAGGACCACUACAAUCUGGAAAUGAACUUGUCUUCCACCUCAACACCAGCCAGCAUAGAGGGCAGCCCCAUGACGCAUCUGGCUUCUUACAAAUCCCACCAGAACUUGACCAACUUGGAGAUGGGUAGCAGCCUGUCUGGCAAGCUGGAGAAAGAGGAGCAUCUGGCGGUUCUGGAAGGGCCUGACGGACUCCGCUGCGUGGAGGGAUCUGAGGUGGAUGAAUGCAGUGCACCCAAUGGAAGCACUCAACCCACUUGCCGUGGUCCAGACGCCGUGAUGCUGAGGGAAAGAUUGCAGCUGUUCAUCCCCAAGCUGAAUCCACCUCCACCGUCCCUGCGAAGGAGGUCAAGUAAAACCAUCUCUCCCUCCUCGGAGGCAGAGAAGAUUGCGGCAGCUUCCAGGGCCGCCCCUGAACCCUCCGUGCUCAGCAGCCCAGGCGUCUUCUCUAGGUCCGAGUCUGAAGCCAGGACGGUGGGAGGAAGCCAGAACUCCAGUGCCCGUGCCAAAACCCAAGACCAGGAGAGUCUUGGGCAGCCAAAAGAAGCCCAUCCAUGGGUGGAAGCAGCUGAGAACUGGGAUGCCCCACGGCCCUUCUUGAGCAUUGAUGAAACCUGCCUGCACAUCAGUCUGUCCGAGGAUGAGCUUGACCGGAAGGGCAGCUGUGUUGCUCACGCAUAGAAAUGCUUGAGGGACAGACCGUGGUGGAUCGCUCUGCAAGACAGAAAUCCUGAAAUGGAUCCAUUCAAGUAACCUGCAGAAGUUGGGCACUGAAACCGUUGUCUCCUUGCAACUUGAAGUCUUCCACCUCAGAAGCAGGCGUCUUCCUCCAGAUACCAUCUGAAGGCUCCUAAAAAGUUUCUCCCAACUUCUUGGUGCGGUUGACUGGUUUGCAGACUGUGAUACCCUUGUAAGCAGUCCAUCGGGACACAUUCUCACCAUCUUCAACUGCCUCAAUGGCUGAGCAAACGGCCCUGCCAGAAAUUGCUCCCAAGGCUUGAAGGACAUCAAGAUGUUUCAGAGGUAAAGAGGACAGGACAGAUAAUUUGCAUGUGGCUUAGAUAAUGCCAAAAAACCCCAGGAGCUUCUACCAUUUGGUCAACAUCUGAGAGAAAGCUAGCUCUAGUUGAGCAACGAUUUCCAGGUGUCUCCCUGGAUUCAUGCAGGUUGCUCUCCACAAGUCUGUAGGACGGAAGCUGACUCCUCCUGAACCAGUGAAUUUGGAGCUGAGGGGGACACACCAGUGCUAGGAUUUUGGAGCUAAAGAAACCUGGUGCCCCCCCAGAAGUCUCUUUCCUCCCUGUCUCCGUUAUCAGCUGAACUUCUGGGGUUCUACUGGUGGAGAUGGGGGGCGAGAGAAUCAGGAGAGAAGCUGGUGCUUACAAAAAAAAAAAAGAGAGAGAGAGAUUUUAUUGGGUCCAAAGACAUAGAUUCUGCAGAGAUUCAGGAAUUUGGCCCAAGUAACCGGAAUCUGAGAUGCUCACACCUGGGCUGAAGGCCAUGUGGGGUGAGCAGAGGCUGUCAUAGCUCCCACCACCAGCCUAAGCCCCCCCCCCAUCAAUACCAGGGGGGGAUAAACACCCACCAGCAAGGACUUGCAUUUCAAGCGUGUGGUUCACGUAGAGCCCCAAAGGAUGAAAAUUGCAUGGCUGAUGACCACGAAAAGAGAGGGGGAGUCCAGAGCAUGUUGCCAAAAGGAUCAGGGGAGGGGAGCACCCCCCAAGGAUUAGAAACGAGGCCUUCGUAGUAAAUGCCGGGCAGACACGCACGAAGGAGCUGACCAAAGGGAUGGAACUGUGCGAAUAGUUGCCACGCAGGAAUGAGAGAGAGAGAGAGUGAGAGAGAGAAAAGAAGAGACUGGGAAGGAAGGAAGGAAGGAAGGAAGGAAGGAAGGAAGGAAGGAAGGAAGGAAGGAAGGAAGGAAGACUAGGAUUGCACUCUGUGUCAAGCUAUCCGCAGUCGGGAGGCAAGAUGGCAGCUUCACAGGGACAACUGGGAUUGCCCACCUCCGGACAUAAACCCGUCCUCCCUACCUCCUGUGCCUGCAGCACAGACUGAACAUUUUCUGAUGCUGCCAAUAAUAGAGAGAAGAAACACAAACGCCACACCUGCAUCUGCAACACACACACAGGCUGUGUGAAAGCUACCCCCAAGGCAAGCUGUAGGUUCAGGGGUGCGAAUCCUGCCACUACAAGCCUGGGAAGCUCCUGGCUGCCUUCGGCAACCCAGCAGCGUCCUUCCUUCCUCCCCAGGACAAAAAAAGAGGCCUUAACUUCUGAAUCCGAAGCCAGCUACCCACCUUCUCUCUGGGUUCCUCUUUUUCCUCCCAACGGGAGGAAAAAGGCAGAAAAGGUGCACGGGGAAUGCAUUGGAAGCAUUCUUCACAGCCACCUUACAAAAGAAGAAUAAAAUCGAGAAUUGGUGUGCAAUAUAACACACACCACUUGCGAUGGCGGAGUGACGACUGAGGCACCGAGGGCCCUGUUUUCGUCAGCCACGGCAGCCCCCAGCCUCACAGACCCCCCCCCCCCGGGGGGGGGGAGUUUCAGAAGGAGAGACAAAAUCCAUCUUGGUCCAGGCAUCCAUCCAAAGGCCUUGAGGAUUUUGGCCCAAAUCCAGAUUUCGAGCCAGGUCCUCUUGCCACAAACAACCUCACAAAACCUGCUGUAAGAAAGAGCAAGCUGGAGAGAGAGACGGAAAAAGGGGUUGGCGAGAGCAGCCGGGUGGGGGGGGAUGUGGCUGGCCAGCGUUUCCCGAGGGUCUCCUGCCCUUGUUGAAGAGUUUCACCAAAUCGAGAGGGGAAAACGGUUGAAUGUACGAUAAAAAACCACUCAUGUUUCCAGGAUGAUAAAUGUAAUCCCAAAUUCUU